AUGGUGAGGUCCAGCCGGGAGCCCAAGCUUGCUACUAAUAUUGCUAAAGGUGGAAAAGUGACUCAGUCCUCCGUGGGGUGGAAUGGUGUCCCCGAAAGAGCCAUUGAUGGAAGUGCUAGCAUAUAUGGAAAGGGAUCCUGUACACACACAUCACUACAAACCAAACCCUGGUGGAGACUGGACCUCCUACAGAGGAGACUAUGUGCUGUUAUCUCAUAUAUCACAGCUGGGAGCUCAACAACAUUUGUUUGCGAUGGAAUGGAAGGCCAGUAUGUAAACAUUGUGAUUCCUGGAAAAAAAGAAUACCUCACACUGUGUGAGGUGGAUGUCACCGGGACAGAAUCAGAUGCAGAUGAUCCCAUUGAAUGUGCCUGCGACUGA